AGCUUUGCUCCUCCCUCCUCCUCCGCUGCGAUUCAAGGCGUCCCCUCGCAGCAGCGCCUGGCGGCCAGAAAAAAUUACGUCACUUCGAAAUACUCCUGCUGUAGGACAAUUUCAUUGCUCGUUCUCUCGCUCUCCUGCAGACCUACGCGAAUGAAGGUUUCGCGAGGGCAACUGUAAGGCUUCCUCACAGGAGGAGCCAGUUUCCAUAGAAAACAAGUAACAACAGACGUGGAGACUCUCGGGUCACCAGCUAGAUUUCUCGUUCUUGAUCGCAGGGGAAAAAAUGGUUUUCUCUCUUUCUAAAUGUUGCCAUUAGCAGCCCUUCCGAGUCGGGAAUCGUUUCCUUCGCAUCCUCUUGACAAUAAGAGCUGGCUUGUUAGAGGUCUUGCUGAAUUCUGGGUCUGGUUCAGGAGGUUAGCGAAAGGCAGCAUGACGGAACUGCACGAAGGGGUGGCUGUGGGCAAAUAUGAUUUAGUGGAAGAAAUCCUCAAGAGCGGGCUCGCUGACCCAAACUGCAAAGAUGCAGACUGGAGCGAUAGGACACCUCUCCACUGGGCGGCAGCAAAUGGCCACUCAAAGAUAGUAAAGCUGCUUGUGGAACAUGGCGCUCGCCUUUGCUUGAGAACUGAGGCAGGUUGGACUCCAGCGCAUUUUGCUGCAGAAUCAGGGCGACUCAGCGUGUUAAGAACCCUGCAUUCUUUGCACGCACCGAUUGAUGCUCCAGAUCUCUAUGGGGAUGUCCCAAGAAGAAUUGCAGAGAUCUAUGGGCACAAAGCCUGUGUCAGAUUCUUAGAAAGGGCUGAAAUGGAAUACAAGGUGUAUUGCCAGAUGGCAAAAUCAAAGGGAAUCCAACUGGAUGAGAAAGAUGAAGAUUGGGAGCUUAAGAAGGAAGAACUUUUGAAAAGUAAAUCCUUCUCUCAAAAGAAACCUGUGAAACACAAGAUGCAGGGAAAGCAUGGUGUUCAACUUCAUUCAAGAAAAUAAUGAGAAGAACAGAAUAUUUCAGAUGAGCUAGAUAAUAAGAUCUUAUCUCCCUUAACUUACUAGUCAUUGCAAUCCAUCUAUUUCAUUUUUCUAUUUUUCCAUUCUUUGACGUGAUUAAUGAUGAUGGGCUCAUCUCAUCAUAUCAGAUUAAGAAUUUUUUUAAAUGUGCACAA